GUUGUCAAACAAAUCUGUUUCUAUUUCGUUUGAUAGCGGGAAUUUUAUAUUUUGAGUUCUCAUUGUAGAGUUAAAACUUAAAGUAUGCUACAAAGUACUCGAAAUUGUUGUAUUUUAUGUCGUAGACAUUACAGCGAUGUAUUACCCACUAGAGAAAUCAAAGUUAUUAAGCAAGUAAAUGUAAAAAACAAAGCGGUAAAUUGUAACCUCCAAGAUGUAAAAAUUGAAGAAAAUAGAACCUCAAAAGAGUUUAGAGUUAACGAACUGAACAUUCAAAUGAUAUCACGGAACAUUUAUGAACAAUUAUUUAAAGGUUCUGCUGCAAACAUUGAUUCUAGGGUGAUUACAAGCUGUCAAGAUGACCUCAAACGGCACGGCAUAGAUUUCCAGAACAUAACCCACGCUCCAGAUGUAGAGUUAAAGUUACCUGAAUUGAAAGGGAAGGACCUUCUAGAACACUUCUAUACCAUUGGAAAUGAACAAAGUGCUCCAUAUAAAGAGCUUCUGAAGGUGUUAUCGUUGUGUUUGUUGCCACCUUUACCUAAGGAAUGGCUAAAACAAGGAGGUUGGACCAGAUAUAGCAAAGAACAGACACAGUUGGUGCCGUGGCCUCCUGAUGAUGCACUGAUCCUUGAUGUGGAAGUCUUGAUGUCAGCAGGCAAGAGGCCGACCUUGGCUUGUGCAGUGUCUCCUGAAGCUUGGUAUGGCUGGGUAAGCGAACCACUUGCGACUGGGCAGACACAUCAAGAACACGACAGCGUUAAAUAUGAGGACCUGAUCCCCCUCGAGACUGAUAGCUCAGGGAAUGGCGGUGACUUGAGCAGGCCCAGGAUAGUUGUGGGACAUAACGUGUCGUAUGACAGAGCCAAGAUUAAAGAGCAGUAUUGGUUGGAAAAGACAGGUGUGCGUUUCAUGGACACGAUGUCGAUGCACACAUGCGUCAGCGGCGUGACCAGCUACCAGCGCACGGUGCUGAAGGCCAGGAGCAAGGAGCCUCAUCCCACAGACGAGGAUUGGGUGGACAUCAGCUCGCUGAACAGCCUGACUGACGUGCACAACUUGUACUGUGGUGUACCAAUAAACAAGGAGUCUCGCGACAUAUUCGUCGAAGGCACCCUCCAGGAUGUUCAGGGAAACUUCCAGAAGCUCAUGAAGUACUGCGCCGGUGACGUCAUCGCUACCCACAACGUUCUGAAGGAGUUGCUGCCGUUGUUCUUGGAGAGGUUUCCUCACCCCGUGACCUUGGCUGGGAUGUUGGAGUUAGGUUCAGCCUACCUCCCUGUCAACUCAAAUUGGCAGCAAUACUUAGAUUCAGCUGAAACUGUCUUCGAAGACCUCAAACUGGAGUCACGUCAGAUAUUGUCAGCAAAAGCUGACGAGGCAUGCCGCCUCAUGAAGAACAAGGCUUACGAAAAUGACCUGUGGAUGUGGGACCAGGAUUGGUCGACACAGACUUUGAAAUUGAAAAAAAGUGUAUCCAAAACUAAAAAGAAUGAAAAAACCACCAUAAAUGACCCAAUCAAAAAAUUUGAUUCUAAAAAUGAAGAAUUAGUUAAUUUUGAUGUAUUAAGCGAUGAGUACAUUGAUAGUUUAAAGGGUUAUUCAGAUUUGGGUCAAGAUGUGAAGGGUUUGGGCAAAAAGUUUGAGUAUUUAUAUGAUUUGGGUAAAAGUUUGCCUGUAAAGAGACCGUAUUUGGCAGGAUAUCCAGCGUGGUACAGAAAGUUGUGUACCAAACCCGGGAAAGACCCGGAUUGGGUGCCCGGUGCUAAUAACGUCACUACUAGUAUGCAGAUAACUCCAAAACUCCUCCGUCUGAGUUGGGAGGGCUAUCCCCUCCACUACCUCCAGUCCGAGGGGUGGGGCUUCCUAGUCCCGUACAGCAGGACCCAAGAGCCUGUCAGCGGAGAACCCGCUGUGCCUCUACUCAAAUUGUUGGAGACUUGUCCUCUGAUGAACUGCAAGGAGAGUGACUUCGAAGCAGACGUUCACAUGCUGCCAAAAACUGUUGAGGAGGAUCUAGGAAGGAGGGCGUACUACGCGCGCAAGAGUCGCGACGAGCAAGCGGCGGCCAAUCAGUACCACGGGCUCGGAGUAUGGUGUGGCCUGCAGAUACAGGGUUGUUGCCACUUCCUGCGUCUCCCGCACAAAGACGGCCCCAAAUACAAAGUGGGGAACCCCCUCGCCAAGGACUUCCUCAAUAUGUUCAGUCAGAACGUUCUCUCGGCGCAGGGGAAUGAGGCUGAAAAGGUGCUGUCGUUCGGUCGCAUGAUGUCGUACUGGCGCAACAACCGCGAGCGAGUGAUGGGGCAGCAGGUGGUGUGGCUGCCCCACGGCGCGCUGCCGGCCCGCCUGCGGCGUGUCGCGCGGCGGUACGGCGCCAUCGUACCGCAGGUCGCGGUCUGCGGGACGCUCACCAGACGAGCGUCGGAGCCGACGUGGAUGACGGCCAGCAACGCUCACAAAGAGCGCAUCGGGUCGGAGCUGCGCGCGAUGGUGCAAGCGCCGCCCGGGUACAGACUUGUGGGCGCCGACGUUGACUCGCAGGAAUUGUGGAUAGCGGCACUGUUGGGAGACAGCGGAAUAGGACUGUGCGGGGGCAGCGCGUUCGGCUGGGCCGUGCUGGCGGGGGACAAGCGCUGCGGCAGCGACCUGCACUCGCUCACCGCCCGAGCCGCCGACAUCAACAGGGACCACGCCAAGGUCAUCAACUACGCCAGGAUAUACGGUGCCGGGCAGAACUUCGCCGAGCGUCUACUGAAGCAGUUCAACCCAACCAUGACUAUAUCGGAGGCGAAGAGCAAGGCUGCCAAGAUGUUCACCACGACCAAGGGCCGCCGUGUGUAUCGCCUCAAGGAGAAGUACAUGCAGGGAUUCGUGGACGAGGAUACUGGAGAUCAGCCGUUGGAGAUGUCGGGCUACCAAGCGAUGCGGCUCGCCAAGCUGAGCGGGAAGAAGCUUGAGGAGAUGUUCCACCGCGGACGCUGGGUCGGCGGCACCGAGUCGCUCAUGUUCAACAAGCUGGAGGAAAUCGCUGACUCGGAGUCGCCGGCGACAGCGUUCCUGAGCGGGCGACUGUCGCGCGCGCUGGAGCACGCGGGGGGGCGCUGGGGCGGCACGCGCCUCAACUGGGCGGUGCAGAGCGCGGCCGCCGACUUCCUGCACCUCAUGCUGGCCAGCAUGGCGCACCUCGCGCCCCGCGCCAGGUUCUGUCUUAGCUUCCACGAUGAAGUGAGAUACUUGGUUCCCGAAGAGUAUAAGUAUGAGACAGCGCUGGCCUUGCAGAUUACCAACCUUUUUACCAGAGGAUUUUGUUCUCAAAGGGUGGGGAUACAUGAUCUGCCAAUGUCGGUGGCGUUCUUCACGUCAGUGGAAGUGGACCAGGUCCUGAGGAAGGAGGCCAACCUGUGCUGCACCACACCUUCCAACCCUCAUGGAUUGGAAAAAGGCUACGGGAUACCCCAUGGGGAAUCUUUGACUAUAUUUGAUGUAUUGGAGAAGUGUAACUCAAAUAAAUAGAUCCACCCUAACAA